AUGUUGAAUAAUCUUCUGAUUUAUAAUGAUAGAUUAAUAAAAAAUACUGAAGAUCGCUAUAAAUCAAUACCAGGAUAUACUGAAAUUCAUUCUUUUGAUCAUAUUGGCGCAGGACAAUAUGCUUUUUUCACGUCAAUAGCGACAACAAUAACAAAAUCGGAAUUAAUUUAUUUACAACCAGGUACACAUGUAAUUGAUGUUGCAGCUCGAGCCAUAGGACAGAUGCCAGUUAACAUCUAUUUUGGCGUAUUAACUAUUGAAUUAAUUCAAUAUGAUAACGAGGUGAAUAUUGGUGAACUGAAACCCAUCAACACUACAUUAUUUGAAUGA